CAACCAUGGCUGCCAUUUCCCUCCCUGCCCUCCCUGCCUCUUGGAACCCUCCAUCCGACCCUUCGAGCUCGAUAUCAUCAUUGAACGAGCGCAAACUUAUCCCAGCUGGCCGCGCGUACCUCCACCACGUGCAGCGGACUGUCCACGAUCUUUCCUUCGACGCUCAUGACGCACACGUCGAGGAGGAGCGCAAGCGGCACGCGGAGCUCAAUGGCGAUGGUUUGAACGGCGAGGACGAUCUUGGUGUCGGCGAGGAGGAGGAGCCGUUCGAACUGCUCCAGCAAGACCCCAAAGAGUGGAAGAAACAAGACCACUAUCAGGUCCUCGGACUGUCGCACCUUCGCUAUAAGGCCACGCCAGACCAGAUCAAGGUCGCACAUCGCAAAAAGGUGCUUAAGCACCACCCCGACAAGAAGGCGGGCCAGUCGCACACCACCAACGACGACGGGUUCUUCAAAUGUAUCCAGAAGGCACACGAGGUGCUUACCAACGCCGAGCGACGCCGGCAGUUCGAUUCGGUCGACCCAGAGCUGCUCGCUGAGGAGGAGGACGACCCGUCGUCAUCGCAGUACCAGAAGCUGCUCAAGACCAAGAAGGACGCCGGCGCGGAGCAAACCUUGUUCUUCAAGACGUUUGUGCCCAUCUUUGAACGCGAGGCACGUUUCAGCAAGAAGCAGCCGGUGCCGAUGCUUGGGCAGUAUGAGGACGGAAAGGCGGCUGUCGAAGGGUUCUACAACUUCUGGUACGACUUCGACAGCUGGCGCUCGUUUGAGUACCUCGACAAGGAGGUCAACGAGGGAAGUGACAGCCGUGACGACAAACGCUACACCGAGAAGAAGAACAAGUCCGAGCGUGCUCGCCGCAAGAAGGAUGAUACCGCUCGUCUGCGCAACCUCGUCGAUCUCGCCAUGAACGUCGAUCCCCGCAUCAAGCGCAUCCGACAGGAGGAGAAGGAGGCGCGCGAGGCCAAGAAGAAGGCUGCGAACCAGAAGGUUGGCGGACCGGCGAAGAAGACUAAGGCGGAGGAGGAGGCGGAAAAGAAGAAGGCGGAGGAGGAGAAGAAGGCGAAAGAAGAGGAGGAGAAGGCUGCUCGCGCGGAGGCUAAGAAGGCAAAAGCUGCCGCUGCGAAUGCGGCCAAAAAGGCGAGGAGAGCUCAGCGUGCGGGUGAGGAGGGUGCUGAUGCGUCGUGAGCUCAUGGAUAGGUGUUGCCUACGUUCAUUAUGGACCUCCCUGUUUUGUUCCUAGUCAUCUAUAUAUGUGG